AUGUCGACGUGGCAGAUGUUCGCCGACGCCGGCAACAAUUACCGGUGGUAUCCCGACACACCAAACGACGCCGUUUAUCCUACGACUACUACUACUACUCUUCAUAGUGAUAGUGAAAGGCAGCAGCAGCUCAAGUCGAGCAGUCGGCUGCCUUCCAUGGCGGAUCUGCUGCUUCAAGGUUGUUCGAAGCUUGCAGAGGCCCAGACUCAGAAUCAGAGAAAUGGCGUUGAUGCUGAUGACGGUGUUGGGAUGUUCCGCAACGGAUUUGGAAGACCCGUCGCCAUCAAGCCAUCCUCCUUAGCCAAAGCGUCGUCGCUUCUUCAAACUGGAACUGGCCAAGUGCAAACUACGAAUAGUAGAGGUGGUUUCUCUAAUUCCCUUUUCCAGACUGGCUCUGGGAAAAUGGUUAAUAUAUCUCCGGAGGGUCUUGUCAGGGCAAAGACAUUGCUUGGUUUGGGAGACGACAGUGAUCACAGCAAGCUUCCGGGUUCCAACAGUGGUGGUGUGGUUAUGGAUGCUGCAUCCAUUUCAAGGUCUCCGUUAAUUAAUAAGACUGUUUCAGUACAAACUAGAUGUAAGAAGAAUGAGGCUGAUCUAAAUUUUAUGUCGCCUGAAAGGGUUAAUUUAACUCCGGACAAACCUUCAUCAAUCAAGUUCCAUACAGCUGGAGGAAGAUCUAUAUCUGUUUCUACUGAUGCACUGCAACGUGCAAGGAGUCUACUUGGUGACCCGGAGUUAGGGAGUUUCUUGAAUGAGGGGGAUGCGGGUGACUCCGUUUUCUCAUUUUCAAAAGGUAGAGGACAUGAUGAACACACUCCCUUCUCCCAUCAGAAAAUGACUAGGAAAAACUUUUUAACUAAGACUUCUGUAUCUCCACUGCAAUCAUCGUCUAAUCAAGUGCAGUCGUCGUUGGCCAUAAAUUCCGGCACUAACCUGAUUACACAAUUUGAUGUUGUUAGCAAUGAAAGUGUCUGUAAGUCAAACAGCAAGUUACCUUAUCGGCAGGAGAAGCCCCUUAGCGACAAACCUUGUAUCAUCAAGACAGUAGAAAACAAUUAUUUGGAAAAUGGUGGUAGUUUGAGGAUUAAUCCUGUUGGAAAGUCACUAGCCAAGCCAUUGGUUGAUAUUUCAAAUACCGUUGGCACCACUACCAUGAAUAGCACAAAAAAGAAUGGUGUAAAGAGGAGGCUUGGAAGAAGUUCUAUUUCUCCAUUCAAGAAGCCUCGCACUUCCAACUCCUCCACUCCAUUGCACAAGAAUGUUCCUCCUGUCCGUAAUGGUUUGUCUACUUUGUCCUCCGACAAUUCAUGUUCCAAAAGAAGGGUUUCUACUAGAUAUCCUUUCUCAGUAACUAGAAUGCAUGUGAAGAAAUAUUUUGGAAUUCCACCACCUGACCAGAACAUGUUGGAGUGUUUGUCAGACCCGGUGAGAAGAAUUACAGCAAGUAACGCAGAAAAGUACAUGUUUCUUGAUGAAUCUGGUUUAAACUGCAUAGGAGCAGAAGCUUUUGUCCACAUGUUGGCUCGUUCUGGAGCUUUAAUGCAAUAUACUUCCAGAGAGUGGGUCACAAAUCACUACAAGUGGGUUGUCUGGAAACUGGCUUGCUAUGAGAGAUGUCAUCUAGCUAAGUCGUUCGGAAAUUUUUUGACAGUCUCCAAUGUGCUUGAGGAAUUGAAGUAUAGAUAUGAAAGAGAAGUGAAUCAUGGUCACCGAUCUGCAAUUAAGAGGAUUCUGGAAGGAGAUGCAUCCCCUUCUUCAAUGGUGGUUCUAUGCAUUUCAGCUAUUCGUUCAAAUUGUGACCCAAAUAUGGAGACUAGCUCCAGAGCUGAAAAUAGUGGUGCUGCAAAAGUUGAGCUUACUGAUGGGUGGUAUUCAGUGGAUGCUGUACUGGAUGCACUCCUGUCGAAGCAGCUUGCUAGUGGAAAAUUGUUUGUUGGACAGAAACUUCGGAUCUGGGGAGCAGCACUCUCUGGUUGGGCUGGGCCUGUUUCACCCCUUGAGGUGGCAAGAACAGUUACUUUCCGGCUGCACAUAAAUGGCACAUAUAGAGCUCAUUGGGCUGAUCGAUUGGGAUUUUGUAAAGGUGUUGGUGCUCCCUUAGCAUUUAACUGUGUCAAGAGCGGUGGUGGUGCAGUCCCUUGCACUCUUCUAGGAGUCACACGGAUAUACCCUGUUCUCUACAAAGAGAGGUUAAGUAAUGGAAGAUCUAUUGUAAGAUCAGAGAGGUUGGAGUCCCAAAUGGUGCAAUCAUACCAAGAGAGGCGCUCUGAUGUCAUAGAAGGCAUUAUAUCUGAGUUCCAAAGAGGACUAGAACAUUCACAUUUGUGUAAUGAUAGCGAUAGCGAAGGAGCAAAACUCUUAAAAAUACUAGAAACAGCCACUGAACCUGAAAUUUUAAUGGCAGAAAUGAGUUCAGAACAGUUGAAAUCUUUUACCAAAUAUCGAUCAAAGCUGGAGGCAAUUAAGCAGUCAGACAUGGAGAAAUCAAUUUUGAAAGCACUGGAAGAUGCUGGCUUAAGUGAGAGGGAAGUCACGCCAUUCAUGAGGGUGAGGGUGGUUGGACUAACAAGAAAAUUAUGUCAUGGGAAAGACAGUUCUAAAGAAGGCCUAAUAACAAUCUGGAACCCAUCUGAGAAGCAGAAGACUGAGCUGGUUGAGGGAUGUGCAUAUCGUGUUUCUGGACUUAUACCAACAAGUUCUGAUGUGGAUACUCUACACUUGCAAGUGAGAGGAUCCACAACAACAUGGCAGCCUUUAUCUCAGCAGGCAGUUGAACACUUUAAGCCUUUUUUCAAUCCUCGCAAAUCAGUCUUAUUGUCAGAUUUGGGUAAAGUUCCUCUUUCCAGUGAAUUUGAUAUUGCUGCAUUCGUUGUGUUUGUGGGGGAGGUUUAUAUAGCUGCUCACCAGAAGAAACAGUGGGUGUUUGUGACAGAUGGCUCCAUAUCUGAAUUAAAUUCAGAAGAAUCAUGUGAUUCUCUACUGGCCGUCUGCUUCUGUUCACCAUACAUUGGCGUUGAUUCAGUUGCUCCUAUAAACUAUAACCUCACAGGAACAACGGUUGGGUUUUGUAAUCUUACCAAGAGAGCAAAGGACCAAAUGAAUUCCCUUUGGGUAGCAGAAGCUACAGAAACUUCAGCUUACUUUUUAAGAUUUGACACUCCACAUUGUUCUCAUCUCAAAGAUGCUGCUGUCUCCACUGAAAGAUGGGGAAGGAUCUCUAGCUUGACUAUCAAUAGGCUUAAGGAGAGGGUUCUGUGUAUUAUUGGUGCUAGCAAAGGAUAG